UGCCAUCAGAACAACACUACAGCUUCCCGGGUAAACGAGGAGAGACGGAGAGCAUUGUGUGAGUCCGUGUCCUUAGUGUCUGACGAAGAUGAAGGAAGAAGUACCAGUUUUAGAAUACACAGAUGUAACCAUAGAAUCUCGUGGUUUAAUGGUACCAGUUCGCUUAAAGCUGACUGACCAGGGCAUAACCUUUCGCAAUGUGAAGACUGGCAAAGUAGAAACUCUGAAUUCUUCUGACAUUGAGGUGGUCAACUGGCAAAGACUUUCUGGAAGUUAUGGCAUACGAAUCUUUACUGAAAAUGGCAGUCUUUUUCGUUUUGGAGGCUUCAAAGAAUCAGAACAAUCAAAGUUGGAAAAGUUUUUCAAGAACACAUACAGCAAGACUAUGUCUGAGAAAGAGUUUUCUGUAAAAGGGUGGAACUAUGGAGCAGCAAAAUUUGAAGGGGCUGUACUCUCAUUUGAUGUGAGUUCUAUUCCAGCCUUUGAAGUGCCCCUAAGCCAUGUGUCUGGCUGUACUACAGGGAAGAAUGAAGUCACACUUGAGUUUCAUCAGCAUGAUGAUGCAGCCAUAAACUUGAUGGAGAUGCGCUUUCACAUUCCAACCUCAGAAUUAGCCGGUGAUGACCCAGUGGAAAGUUUUCAGCAGCGGGUUAUGGCCAAAGCGUCUGUUAUUACGGCUACUGGGGAUGCUCUUGCUAUCUUCCGGGAAGUUCAAUGUCUCACUCCACGUGGUCGGUAUGACAUCAAGGUAUAUCCAAGCUUUAUUCAGCUUCAUGGUAAGACAUUUGAUUUCAAGAUCCCUGUAACAACCGUUUUGCGACUGUUCUUGCUGCCUCACCUAGACCAACGACAACACUUCUUUGUGGUAUCUUUGGAUCCACCAAUCAAACAAGGCCAAACUCGCUACCCGUACCUGAUUUUACUGUUCUCUGGAGAUGACACAGAUCUCCUUGAACUUCCACUUUCAGAAGAGGAGCUUCAUGAAAAAUAUGAAGGCCGCUUAGACAAAGAAAUGAGUGGACCUCAGUUUGAACUUAUAAGUAAAAUGUUUAAAGGAAUUUGUAACCGCAAGAUUGUCACUCCCGGUAAUUUUAUGGGACACUCAGGAACCCCUGCUAUUAGCUGCUCAUAUAAGGCAGCAGCUGGCUAUCUAUAUCCACUGGAGCGAGGCAUCAUAUAUGUUCACAAGCCACCUGUCCAUAUCAGAUUUGAUGAAAUAUCCUCUGUGAACUUUGCUAGAUCUGGUUCCACAACAAGAUCUUUUGAUUUUGAGGUGGAGGUUAAAAAUGGACUUGUCAAUACUUUUAGCAGUAUUGAGAAGGGCGAGUACAAUCGCCUCUUUGAUUAUGUAAAUCAGAAGAAACUAAGAAUCAAGAACAGAGGAAAAAUGGAAAUGGGAAGUAGAAAGGAUGACUUUGAUAAUAGUGAUGCUGAUGAACCUGAUCCAUACAUGAGACGAGUACGUGAGGAAGCUAAGGAGCGUGAUCAAGAUGAUGAUGAAGAAGACUCGAGUGAAGAUGAAGAUUUUGCACCUGGGGAGGAAGGCAGUGAUGUGGCCGAAGAAUACGAUAGUUAUGCUGGUGACAGUUCUGAUUCUGGUGAUUCGGAAGGUGGUUUAGUUGAAGGAGGAGAGAAGAAAAAGAAAGAGAAGAGGGAAAGGAAACAAAAAUCCAAAACCGUGUCUGAGAAACCUCGUAAACGCCGCCAGAAGAAGGAAAGGGAUGAAAAUAAACCCAAGAGAGCCCAGUCAGCAUACUUCCUUUGGCUGAAUGAACACAGAGAACAGAUAAAGAAGGAGAACCCAGGCAUUUCAAUUACAGAAAUUUCAAAGGUGGCAGGGCAAAAGUGGAGAGCCCUUGAAGACAAAACUGAAUGGGAAAAGAAAGCAGCCGAGGCAAAACAAGAGUAUGAAGAAGCGAUGAAAGCAUACAAAAUAUCUGUUGGAGGAUCCUCCUCUGGAACACCUAAGAAAUCUCCAUCUCAAAAGAAGGUACCAGUGUCAGUUACACCAACCAAAGCAGGUGGUUCAGGUGCAGGUUUUAAAUCCAAGGAAUUCAUUGAAGAUGACUCAAGUGAUGAUGAUAAACCACUCAAGAAGAAGGCAAAGAAGGAAACGAAGAAUGAAAAGGAAGAAUCAGAAGAAGAGGAAGAGGAGGAGGAGGAGUCUAGCAAUGCUUCUGAUAAAGAAGAGGAUUCAGAAUAGAUUGACCAAUAGAACUCCUCUCUAUAACAGUCAGUAGGUACUCCCCGGGUUACUGAACACUUGGUUUUCAGAAUGCUUCCCACAAGUCCCAUUAAAAAACUUUCGUGUUACGCAGAGUUUCUGUUAGUAUGGAAGGUAACUAGUACGGCAUAACAACACUAUUUGUGGAGGAUUAUGUGUAAGGUGGCUGAGCGUAUCCCCUCGUGUGACACCGUCUGUGAUUCAGUACAGGGUACAGUACAUAUUUACUUUAUGGAAGGGUCAUUUACGGCUUACAGAUGGGGUCCAGGAACGGAACCUUUCUGUAAACCGGGGAGCAUCUGUACCUGGUUAUGUGUCAGUAGGUUAAAUUUUUCUCCAAACAUACAAAUUUACAGUGAUGAGAGCCUGGGACAUAACCCUGGAUGGAAAUACAGGUCUUUAUUUUCUUAGUGAAAUUUUGUUUAGAACAAAUUUCCAUUAAUGCUGGGAGGGUUAACCUCAGAUCAUGUGAGAUGACAGUCAAGUGGUAGGUAUUUAGAUAUUUAUCUAUUCAUUAGGACUGCACAGCUAUUGCUUGUAUUUGACACUUGUAUUCAAAUAGCAGCAGAUAGCUUAAUUGCCUGAGGUGACUAGGCAAUAAGUGUGCACAGGGGAACAGAAUAUUACAUAAUUUGUCCAUUAGUGAUCAGGAGAACAUGUUUUGGUGUACCAUCCCCCCCCCCCCCUUGAUUUUUCCACAAUGCUGUUAAAGUAGUUUUGAGACAAUUUGGAACUCUCAAAGUGAACAGUUACAGUUAAACCUCGAGAUACGAUGGGAUUAGGUUCCGGAAAAAAACAUCGCUAGGUGAAUUAUCAUAGAUAGGAAGCAUUAUAACCUGGGGUUCAAUGGGAUACGUUCCCAGUAAGUCCCCAAACACACGUUUCACCAACAAAACAAUUCCUACAAUACUACUGUCAGUACAAAACAAUUAAACAAUGUUCACCUCAUCGUGAAGAAUAAGCCUGGUCAUCAUCAUAUGCCCCCUUCAAGGCUAAGGGGACUCUUGCAGGUGGAGUGGAGACAUCACUCUUGACUCCCACACAGCCUCUGGGGAGUCUCAUGCCGCUUAACAAUGUAAUGCUUCAUCUCACAGACACGGUUGUCUUGGCCUUCCCAGACAAUUUCAAAGUUACACUGCUCACUUCAGUCAUAAAAACAGAGUGAAUGAUGAUGACAAAAAAAUGAUAGAGGCCAACGCUGCUCACAUUUUCAAAACAAAAGUCGAUGCACUUUACAGUCACAAAGACACAGAAAUAUCACUUCACAGUCACCAUAACACGGUUCAAUCUAAAUAUUAGUGCUGUCUUCUCACUAUAUAAGAAAAAGGAAAAACACUGAUGCCAAGUGCAAUGCUGGCCGAUAAUCAUGGAGCCAUGCGAUGGCAGGUUUACGAUCGACAAAUAACCAAACACGGCUGUAGUGCACGGGUUGGCUAUGUGGCGGCGUGUGGGUAGGCUUACAAGUGAAGGUUGAGAUGCGUUGUACAUAUGGCUAAAUACUGUUUCCUUACAAAAUUUCACUGAUUUGACGUAUAAAAGUAUAAUUUCCAAUCCUGGAAUCCUUGCAAGACUGCGAUUAUUUUGAGUAGUAAGUCCUCGCUUAAUGUCGGGGUUACGUUCCUGAAAAUGCAACGUUAUACGAAACAUUGUUGAGCGGAUUAAUUUUCCCCAUAAGAAAUAGAUAAAAUACGGGAGUUACCUUCCUGAGCCUCCCUUUGCCCCAUGAAAUACAUUACAUAUACAGAAAAGUAUUGCCAUUUCUAUAGAAAAUAGUGCAUGCAUAUACAACUACCAAGUUUGUAUGGGUACUCACCGAUGGGCGGAGGUGGUAGAGCGAGUGUGUGGUGGGUAGUGAAGCUGAGGAGGCAGAUGGCAGGAGCGGAGGAGGGUGGUGAGUCACUGAGACUCUGCGGCUGCCUCCUCCUUCUUCUGUGCUGACUGGGGUUCCUCCGCUGCUGCUUGCUCCUCCUCCGUUGAUGUUUGUUCCUCUUCCGUUGUUGCUUGCUCCUCCUCGGUUGCUGUGUGCUCCUCCUUGGCUGCCAGCUGUUGUGAAGAUGCUGCUGCUGCUGCUUCUCUCAUCCCGCAACAAAAAAAUGAAUCCAGUGUUAACUGCUUGGUGCUACUCUUCUUCCCCUUAUAGAUCUCAGUGUAACAACCAAGACUUUCAUCAAUGCUGCGUUGAAUCUUUGAGCUACGUUCUCUGUUUGGGUCGUAAUCUACAAGGAUGUGCAUACCUUGCUGGAUCAUGUUGAACGCUUCUGCCAUCCUCUUCGUAGUUAGCGUCCAUUGAGGUUCUUCGUCUUCAACGGGACUGUAUUCUGUUAGUUGUUGCAAAUACUCAUUGAUGAGCUCUUCUGUAUGGGAUACCAGGAUGUCCUCAAUAUCCUCUGAUUCCAGCUCACCAGAGCCUUUCAGUCUAGCCAAACUGAGGAUAUCCCUAUUCACUGCUGGGACUAAGUCCG